AUGCAUUUUCACAUUCCUUAUCUCUCAAACACCAUGACCAAUCUCAACUUCUCCUCCUCCUCCUCCUCCACGGCUUUCGCCGCCGACUUCAACAUCAACAUGAUCUAUUCCCUUACUCUGUUCAUCUUCCAAAACAUCCAAACUCUUGAAAUUCUCAUUGCUAUUACCAUCUUCAUAAUCAUUCAUUCUCUCAAGCAAAAGAAUCGUCAUGGUUUACCUAUUUGGCCUUUUCUUGGCAUGUUACCUUCUUUACUCAACGGCCUAAGAACCAAUUUGUAUGAAUGGUUCUCUGAUAUCCUUAACAAACAAAACGGAACUUUUCAUUUCAAAGGUCCUACAUUCAGCAGCCUCCACUGCAUAAUCACUUCCGAUCCUCGAAACCUCGAACACCUCCUCAAAACUAAGUUCGUUAACUUUCCUAAAGGAACUUACUUCAGAAGCACGCUAAGAGACUUACUCGGAGACGGUAUAUUCAACGCCGACGACGAAACAUGGCAGAAACAAAGAAAAACAGCCAGCAUUGAGUUUCACUCAACAAAGUUCAGGAGUUUAACUACUGAUUCUUUAUUUCAGCUUGUUCAUUCAAGGCUUUUACCUGUUUUAGAUGAAUCGGUUAACAAAAGCGAUGUCAUAGAUCUUCAAGACAUUCUUUUAAGGUUAACUUUUGAUAAUGUUUGUAUGAUAGCUUUUGGUGUUGAUCCAGGUUGUCUGAGUCAAAAUCUUCCUGUUAUUCCAUUUGCAAAAGCCUUUGAAGAUGCAACAGAAGCAACCAUGUUCCGUUUCGUUAUGCCGACGUGUGUUUGGAAGUUCAUGAGGCUUUUCGACUUAGGCACCGAGAGAAAACUCAAGAAAUCAAUCCAAGAUGUUGAUGGAUUUGCUAUGAAUGUCAUAAGAACAAGAAAAAAGGAACUGUCUUUGGAAUCUGAGGACAAGAAAUCACAUAAAUCUGAUUUGUUAACUGUUUUUAUGAAGAUGAAAAAUGAGAAUGGAAUGGCUUAUUCAGAUAAGUUCCUGAGGGAUAUAUGUGUGAACUUUAUAUUAGCCGGAAGAGACACUUCUUCUGUGGCUUUGACUUGGUUUUUCUGGCUGCUUGAUAUGAAUCAUGAAGUGGAGGAGAAGAUUUUAGAAGAGAUAUGCAAAGUGGUGAGUCAGAGGAAUGAUAAAUUCGAAGAUUCUUUGAUACUUAGGCCUGAAGAGAUUAAAAAAAUGGAUUAUUUGCAUGCUUGUUUAUCAGAAACUCUAAGAUUAUACCCUUCUGUUCCAGCGGAUCACAAAGAGGUAGUUGAGGAUGAUAGAUUCCCAGAUGGAACAGUCCUAAAGAAAGGAACAAAAGUGAUAUAUGCAAUAUAUGCAAUGGGAAGAAUGGAAAGCAUAUGGGGAAAAGACUGCAGGGAGUUUAAGCCAGAAAGAUGGUUAAAAGAUGGAAAGUUUAUGAGUGAAUCUGCAUACAAAUUCACUGCAUUUAAUGGUGGACCUCGUUUAUGUUUAGGCAAAGAUUUUGCAUAUUAUCAGAUGAAAUAUGUUGCUGCUAGUAUCAUAUAUAGGUACCAUGUGAAGGUUGUGGAGAAUCACAUUGUUGAGCCAAAGAUUGCAUUGACUAUGUAUAUGAAACAUGGAAUCAAAGUUAGUCUUUGUAAGAGGGAUGAUGCAGAAAUUGGAAAAUACUUGGAUUUGGUCAUUGCUGAAAAUUAG